GCUUGUCACAACCGGAGGAGGCUGGGAAGAAAAGGAGUGUUGUGUAUCGAGGACGGCCUCGGGAAAGUGUGAACACAAUCACUGCCGCUGGAACGACCGUCCUGGCGGGUCAUACGUCAGUCGUUUCGUGAGGAUAUACGCUUUUACCGGGAUAUAAUGGAUGUUGACAUUGAUCUCUGAGUUUGAGAAAAAAGAGGGGACGUUUCAUGUCGAUUUGUUUUCUUCCCCUGCUGUCUCGGAUGCCGCAUUUCUUGUUGCUUUGGUCUGUGGCUGGCAGCUGCUCCUCACAGUAACACGAAACACACACUGCUGCUAUUGAAAGAGCGGUGUGUGUGUGUGUGUGUGUGUGUGUGCUGCGAUCCAAAAGACUCCCCAAUGGAAGGAAUUUGUUGAUCGCAGCGGGAACGGGUUUUCGGACUCUUUUUUAAAAAAUAAGAUAAAAAUACAUUAUCGGCUGUUUGAAAAAGCAGGGCCCGUGUGUCUUUGGCUUGACACUGGUGCUACUUGCCAUUAGCUUGUGCUGCUAACGGAAUAAAAGCUGCGUCCCUGUGAAGUGGACUCAACACCAACACUGAGCAUUACCUUGAAAUACACAGUAUCACAAACUGAAUCAAACAAUUAGUCCUCUUUUGAAAUCGCUCCUCUCCGUUUUACGCAACACAGAAGGUGAUGGGUGACAUUUGUUUUGUUCUUCUACCAACUAGCCUUACAUUUAGGAGUGGAUUAAAAGGAGGACCACCAUAUUAGUGGAGUCAAGUCGGGUUAUUUUGGUGUUGGGCUACUGGAGGCUUCCUGCUGUCUCCGGGUAAGAAGACCGACGGUUGGAGCUUCAUCUGCGCCCGACAGUAUCAUGUCCCCCCCCGGCCAACAGCUGCUACCCACAUAGAGGUCAGACUUCAGAGGUUGCGCCGCCUCUCGUUCUGGGCUAUCGCCACAGAGGAUGCUGGGAAUGUGUCGCGGGCGCAGGAAGUUCCUCGCUGCCUCCCUCGCCCUGCUCUUCAUCCCCGCACUCACCUGGCUGUACCUCUCCGCUGGCAACUUCCAAGUGAAGCCCCUUCCCCUGUCGCCCCUGUUGCCUCAGUUGUCCACGUUGACGGCCAGGGGCGGGGCCUUGGGAGGGGGUGUGUCUAGGGAGGCGUUGGAGCUGAGGGUCCGUGAGGUGGAAGAGGAGAACCAACUUCUCCGCCGUGAACUCAGCCGACCCCCUCGGAGCCCUGCUGGCCCUGCUCCACAUCACACCAAUCACCGCGGCAACCAGAGCAAGACUCACUCGGAGGAGGGAACAGGGGACAACGAGGCGGGGCUUAAAGCUGGCUCCCCGGGCAACAGGUCAGACUGUGUGCAGCAGCCAGCGGUAGACAAGUGUGAGACCAUUCACGUGGCCAUCGUGUGUGCCGGGUACAACGCCAGUCGUGAUGUGGUGACACUCGUCAAGUCAGUCCUUUUUCACAGGCGAAACCCUCUCCACUUCCACAUCAUAACGGACUCUACAGCCCAGCAGAUCCUAGCCUCUCUGUUCCGUACCUGGAUGGUCCCUGCUGUCAGGGUGGACUUCUAUGAUGCAGACGAACUCAAGGCUGAGGUGUCGUGGAUCCCCAACAAGCAUUACUCCGGUAUCUACGGUCUGAUGAAGCUGGUGCUCACCAAGACCUUACCCCCAGACCUGCAGAAAGUCAUCGUCCUGGACACAGAUAUCACCUUCGCUACGGACAUCGCUGAGCUCUGGGCCGUCUUCCACAAGUUCAAAGGUCAGCAGGUUCUAGGUCUGGUGGAGAACCAGAGUGACUGGUACCUGGGGAACCUGUGGAAGAAUCACCGGCCCUGGCCCGCCCUGGAGAGGGGCUUCAAUACAGGUGUGAUCUUGCUGCUGCUGGACCGACUGAGGAAGCUGCGGUGGGAACAGAUGUGGAGACUGACAGCAGAGAGAGAACUGAUGAGCAUGUUGUCUACAUCACUGGCUGACCAGGACAUCUUCAACGCCGUGAUCAAACAGAACCCCUUCCUGGUUCACCAGCUGCCCUGCUUCUGGAACGUUCAGCUGUCAGACCACACCCGCUCGGAGAAGUGCUACAAGGAUGUUUCAGACCUCAAGGUCAUCCAUUGGAACUCUCCUAAGAAGCUGAGAGUGAAGAACAAGCAUGUAGAAUUCUUCAGGAACCUGUACCUCACCUUCCUGGAGUACGACGGAAACCUCCUGAGACGAGAACUCUUCGGCUGCCCCAGCGAGACAGACCACAACAGCGAAAACCUUCAGAAGACUCUGUCAGAGCUGGAUGAAGAUGAUCCGUGUUAUGAGUUCCGCCGGGAGCGUUUCACGGUUCACAGGACUCACCUCUAUUUCCUUCACUACGAAUAUGAACCCAGCACGGACCACACAGACGUUACACUGGUGGCACAGCUCUCCAUGGACAGACUCCAGAUGUUAGAGGCUAUCUGUAAACACUGGGAAGGUCCUAUCAGCCUGGCCCUGUAUCUCUCGGACGCUGAGGCUCAACAGUUCCUGCGCUACACCCAGGGGUCAGAGGUCCUGAUGUCCAGAGGAAACGUGGGCUACCACAUCGUCUACAAGGAGGGUCAGUUCUAUCCGGUCAACCUGCUCAGGAACGUAGCCAUGCGGCAGGUCAACACGCCCUACAUGUUCCUGUCAGAUAUCGACUUCCUGCCCAUGUACGGCCUCUACGAGUACCUCAGGAAGUCAGUGGUACAGCUGGACAUGGCUAACAGCAAGAAGGCGUUGGUGGUGCCAGCCUUCGAGACGCUCCGUUACCGUCUGUCUUACCCCAAGUCCAAGGCCGAGCUGCUGUCCCAACUGGACAUGGGGACUCUGUUCACCUUCAGAUACCAUGUCUGGACGAAGGGUCAUGCUCCCACUAACUUUGCUAAGUGGAGGACUUCCACCACGCCGUACAGAGUCCAGUGGGAAGCGGACUUUGAACCCUACGUGAUGGUGAGACGGGACAGUCCAGAGUACGACAGGCGCUUCGUUGGCUUUGGGUGGAAUAAAGUGGCUCAUAUUAUGGAGCUGGAUGCACAGGAGUAUGAGUUUGUGGUUCUGCCCAACGCCUAUAUGAUCCACAUGCCUCAUGCUCCCAGUUUCGACAUCACCAAGUUCCGGUCCAACAAGCAGUACCGCGUCUGCCUGAAGACCCUGAAAGAGGAGUUUCAACAGAACAUGUCUAGACGAUAUGGCUUCGCUGCCCUCAAAUACAUGACUGCAGAGAACAACAGCUAGCCAACACCGAUGAGCCAGGACACUCUGACCCGUUAUUGACUACACUACCCAUAACACCCUUCUCUAAGGCUGUCUAGGACUACACCUCUACAGAGGAGAGGGAAAGGGCGGUGGAUUCUAAGGACAGUCGAUGUAGGGGAGUCGGGAGUGGACAGAACGGUUACUAAAGACUCUUACUACGAACUCUGACCCGUUAUUGACUACACUACCCAUAACACCCUUCUCUAAGGCUGUCUAGGACUACACCUCUACAGAGGAGAGGGAAAGGGCGGUGGAUUCUAAGGACAGUCGAUGUAGGGGAGUCGGGAGUGGACAGAACGGUUACUAAAGAAUCUUACUACGAACUCUGACCUUUGUGCCAACCGAUCAUGAGGUUUUAAAUUGUGAGCUCUGAUUCUUGUGAACUCUCACCUUAUAGUUUGGGGUUAUGACCUGGUUAGACCAGCGUUAACCAACUGAAGGGUAACCGGGGGUAACCGUAAGGUCGGUGUGUCCCAAACAUUGUUUUUUUACCCCUUCCCGAGGACGGAUGGAGCAGUCUGUCCAGAAGUUGCAGACCUGGUUUCUAUCUGGUUUCUAGCUGGGAGAGGAAGCUGUUGCUGUGAAUGUUGAGUCAGUACAGGGCUGGUUUGGACUCAUACAACUCUCUGUUAUUCUCUAACAAUAGAACUGGGCAUCACUAUGGGAGGGAAGGAAGGAGGGAGGAAGGGAAGGAAGGAGGGAGGAAGGGAAGGAAGGAGAGAGGAAGGGAAGGAAGGAAGGAGGGAGGGAGGGAAGGAAGGAGGGAGGGAGGAAGGGAAGGAGGGAAGGAAGGGAAUGAGGGAGGAAGGGAAGGAGGGAGGAAGGGAAGGAAGGAAGGGAGAGCGGGGGAGAGAGACUGACUGUAGCCCUGGACUUGGAAAGCAGACAAGACAUUUGUUCUCUGGGCCAUAUCUAGAAGACCAGCUGCUCAUUCCCAGCUGCUGUUUGUUGUGCUAAAUGUAAUAUGGUAUGUGUGUGUCUGUCUCCCUCCCUCCCUCCCUCCCUGUCUCCCUCCCUCUCUGUCUCCCUCCCACUCUGUCUCCCUCCCUCCUUCCCUCCCUCCCUCCCUGUCUCCUUCCC